CAAUACUUGGCGCUCGGCAGCAUCCAAACACCAAGACUGGCAACGAGAGGGGUCCUGCAUUCUAUGUACCGCAAAAAUGCAUACCGUAUACCACAGUAACCGCACUCCACUGCCUCUACUGUCCACACCUUUCUUCCAUCCGUCGGCGGCACCCGCCCGCGCCACCGCUCCACCUCAUUUAGGCAAGACUACCGAGGAAGGUUAUAGAAGGCGCCCCCUCGUCCAAGGCUAUAUAAGUUGGCCAAGGCGAGCCGUUCAUCACCAUUACUUGUGGCAUCAUCGACGUCCUGUUCUGUCUGACUCUGCACGUCCGUGACCAUGCCGGCAAUCACCUCCAUCCUUUCCACUGCCGCUGCCUUCGUCGGCCUCGGUCUGGCCAUCCCUCAUUCGAGCAUCACAGCCCGACAGCUGGCCACACGCUCCGACGCCUCUCCCAGCGUGACCGUCAAGAAUGGAACCAUUGCCGGCAUCCACCAGCCCGAUUACAACCAGGACUUCUUCCUAGGCAUUCCAUUCGCACAACCGCCGCUCGAGCAGCUUCGCUUUCGCAAUCCACAAAGCAUCAAUGCCUCCUACGACGGUGUCUUUCAGGCGACUGAGUAUGCGCCCAUGUGCUACGGAUAUGGGGGCGAUCAAAUCGGCUAUCCGCAAUCGGAAGACUGUCUUUACCUGAACGUUGUCCGACCUUCGGGCUACGAAAAUCAAUCUCUCCCCGUGGGAGUGUGGAUUCAUGGCGGUGGACUCUAUCAAGGUGGUUCCCGAGAUGAUCGCUACAACCUCACAUUCAUCGUCGAGAAUGCGGUCCGCAUCGGCAAGCCAUUCAUUGCCGUGUCCAUCGCCUAUCGACUGGGACCCUGGGGUUUCCUCCAAUCUGAAGAAGUCAGUACGAGUGGUGAUACGAACAUUGGCUUGCGAGACCAGCGCCUGGCACUGCACUGGCUCCACGAGAACAUCGAUGCAUUUGGUGGCGACUGCCGCAAGGUGACCAUAUGGGGGGAGAGCGCGGGUGCGGGCAGCGUGGGCUGGCAUAUUACCGCAUACGGUGGCCGAGACGAUGGCCUGUUCCGAGCGGGCAUCAUGCAAAGUGGCAACCCCGUCCCCUACAAUGGCUACGAGACCCUUGCCAAGUACCAACCACAAUACGAUGCAUUGGUCGACGCCACCAAUUGUACCAUGGCCGCCGACACCUUGACCUGCUUGCGCGAGGUGCCAUCCGACUCGCUGGCACAGCUCUUCAGCGAUACGUCCAGUCUUAAUGAAGGCUGGCGUCCCAUUGUCGAUGGCGAUUUCAUUCAGCGUCUGGCAUCCGCCCAGUUGGCGGAGGGCGCUUUCGUCAAGGUCCCCAUUCUCACGGGAGCCAACACGGACGAAGGGACCGCCUUCGGUCCUCAAGGCAUCGACACGGACGAUCAAUUCCGCAGUUACGUGGCGGACCGCACCGAGAACCCAUACAUACCCGAAGACCUUGCCGAUGAAGUUCUUGCAGCAUAUCCUAAUACUCCGGCCUACUUCAUUCCUCCAGUGGAGAAUAUCGGCAACUACACCUUUCCGGCUUCGUAUGGUGCACAAUACCGACGUGCCGCAGCCUACGCAGGUGAUGUGACCUUUAUCGCACAUCGCCGCGGUGCAUCGGAGACCUGGGCAGCCAACGGUCUUGCAGCAUAUAGCUACCGAUUCAACACAGUCCCUGCAGGCAUAGACUUCUAUGUGGGGGCGACGCACUUUCAAGAGGUCGCAUUUGUAUUCAACAAUACGCUCGGUCUCGGAUACAACGAAGAGCACGGCACCGUCAAUCCCUUCCUGAACAAGUCUCAAAGCUAUUACGACCUCGCCGCUCACAUGAGCAAAUCCUGGGCCUCGUUCAUCUACGAUUCGGAUCCCAACUACGAGGUAUCGUGGCCCGAGAGCGCUCCCGCGUGGCCCCAGUAUAGUCUUGACAAGCCCGAGAAUAUUGUCUGGGACGCGAAUGUCUCCGCACUGGCCUUUGUGGAGCCGGAUACGUUUCGAGAGGAGGGUAUCAGAUGGAUUCUGGACCAUGCGGAGGAAUAUAAUCGGUGAUGAUUUGGUGUUUGUGUGUGCAUGAUGGGCUUUUUUUGAGAGUCAUGCAUGUAGCACACUCAACAAUGAGAAAG